UCGCGAUCGCCAGUUCAUUAAAAUUGUUUGUGAUAGCAGGAUCGGUUUUUUGUUUUAUUCUAUUUAAAAGUGAAUAAUAAAAAAAAUAAAAUAAUUAUAAAAUAUGAAAUUAUAAAAUACUAUAAUACAUAAAAAAAAUUUUAAAAAUAGAAAAAUAAUAAUAAUAUAAGCUUAAAAUAAAAUUAUACAUUGAAAAUUUCUUCAUUAUAGAAUUAUGCUAUAAUAAUGUUAUAUGAAUAAUAAUAAUAACAACAACAAUAAUAACACGGAAAUAAAAUUUAUGUGAAAUUUUUAUGUUAAAAGUUUUUUGAUUAAAAAUUAUAUUUUGGUGCUAAUUUUUUCCUUUUUUGAUUUUUUAUUAUAAUUUUAAACAUAUGUUUUUUAAAGUAAAUUAUUAAUAAAUGAAAAAAUCGCUAAAUUUAUUAGCAAAAACAGUGAGUGUCUAUAAAUACAGUAAUAGAGUUCCAGUAAAAGAACCCAUUAUGAAAGAAUUUUAAUUGAAAACUCAUAAAGUUGCAAAAAAAUUCUUCUAUACCAUAUCAAAACGUAGUUGUGGAGAGAAUCCUAUAUAUACAUAUACAUAAGAAUAUUUUUGAUUUACUGCCAAAUAUCCUUGUAAUUUUAAAAUUCAAUUUUUUUCAUAUCAAAAGAACGUAAUAAAUUGGACAUAUCACGAAUCAAAUACAUUAGAAACCAAAAAAAAAACAACAACUAGAACAAAAAAGAGGAAAAUUUAAUAGAAAUUUAAAAAAAAAGGAAGAGAUAAAGAAAAACAAAAAAAAAAACUCAACCCAAUGUACAAAAUUCAAUAUCAUCAAGGACGAAGUAUUUUUCUUUUAAUUAUUUUUUAUUUUUUAUUUGGAUAUAUUCCAAAAAAUAACGGUAACAAUAAUAAAAGUAGCAACAUCAGCAAUAAAAUCAACAUCAACAACAACAGCAGCAACAACAGUAGCAUUUCAAUAAUAAUUAUAUAGCAGUUAAAGGAAAUAUUCAUUCAACCAUCUCAAUAUAUAUACGCGCAUAUAUGUAUGUAUAAUAUAUGUGUAUGCAUGUACAUUGUGUGUAGAUUUAAGGAGCAUAUUUAAGAAUUUAAUGAAACUUAUUAUCGUGCUCUUACACACUAAUUCAUUAUUUCUUUUUAUACACAUAAAAAAUAUUAAACACUUUAAUUUACUAAAAUUAGAGUGAAACAAUAUCAAGGACUUCCAUUGUCGCAAAAGCAAUCAUCUAUAUAUAAAGCAAAAAAAAAAUUAAAUAACCAUUAAAAUAAAGUAUCACAAUAAUAAAAAGACAAAUUUUAUACAGUCGCACUUUAACUUCAAAUUCAAAUUAUUUAUAUCAAUAAUAAGAAACUAUAUACAUACACAUACACCCAUAAUAUAAUAGAAAUUAAAAUAAUAAGGAAUAUUAUUAUCCUCGUACACAUUUUCGUUUUAAUUUUAUAAUCAACUUAAUUAAAAUAUUAAAAAACAAGAAUCCUAUCUAUAUCCUAAUUAAAAUUUAUAUAUUUACAAUUCAAUAUUCGCAUAUAGAACACAAAAUAUUUUAUUACUAAAGUUGUAUAAUAUUUAUUAUACACCUAUAUACCACAUAAUAUUACAAUACAUAAGAAAUUUAUAAAAAUUAUAAAAGGAUAAUAAGAAAAAAAGAACAAAAACGGAAUCAUAAUGACACACGGAGCACCAGCAGGAUCUCGUCGUAAAAAUAAUACAAAUAAUGGAGUUAAUGGUGAUAUUGUUGCAUACAAUAAUGAUGAUGAUAAUGAUUAUGAUCAAUUACCUACACCACCAGAUGGUGGUUGGGGUUGGGUUGUUGCUUUUGCUUCAUUUAUGAUACACAUUGUCACUGACGGCAUUACAUAUUCCUUUGGUAUGUUUUAUGUUGAAUUUCUUUUAUAUUUUAAUGAAGGCAAAGGAUAUACGUCAUUGAUUCUAUCAAUACUUGUGGGUGUUACAUUGUGUUCAGGACCAAUAUCUUCGUCAUUUGUUAAUCGUUAUGGAUGUCGUGCUGUUACAAUUGCUGGUGCAAUUUUAGCAUCAAUAUGUAUGAUUAUAAGUAUGUUUGCAAAAAAUGUAUUAACAUUAAUAUUUACAAUUGGUAUUGGUACUGGUCUUGGAUUUGGUUUAAUAUAUUUACCAGCAAUUGUUAGUGUUACAACAUAUUUUGAAAAAUAUCGUUCUUUAGCAACUGGUAUUGCUGUUUGUGGUUCUGGACUUGGUACAUUUAUUUUUGCACCAUUAUCAGAAAAUUUAAUAAAUAAUUAUGGUUGGCGUGGUGCAUGUCUUAUAUUAGCUGGUAUUGUUCUUAAUUGUAUUAUAUUUGGUGCUAUGUUUCGUCCAUUAGAAUCACCAAAACCUCCGUCACAAAGGCAAAUACCAUUGCAGCAACAACAAGAACAACAACAUUCCAGUAAUAAUUAUGUAGCGGAAUUACAACCGUUACAAAAAAAAUAUUCAAAUACAAAUAAUUUAGAGAUACAAAAAAAAAGUGAUUCACCAAUUACAAGAGCUCAUAGUAUUGGUUAUGAUUUAGCAACUAAUGGAAACUAUACAUCUGCUAAUAACAGUAAUGGUAAAAUAUCUAAUAAAUCACCGCCUGCCAGCCACAAUAUAAUGCGUGCUACUGUUAGUCAACCGCAUAUUCAUUUAGAUAAUAAUGAGAGUUAUUAUAGAGAAAGAAAAACUCAAAGAGCCGGUAGUGGUUACAUGUAUCGUCCAGAUAUUUUAUAUCAGGGUUCCCUAAUGAAUAUUGCUGAGUACCGUAAAUCCAAAGCAGAUCUAUCAACAAAAGGUGAAUUGACACAUUAUGGAUCCUUGCGAAGAUCAAAACCUGCCAUUUUGGCUGAUGAAGAGAAAGUUGAGCAUUUACUUGGCUGUGCAGCUUGUUCACAAGAAACGCGUGAUACAUUCAAAGAAAUGAUGGAUUUUUCAUUAUUUCGAGAUAUAAUUUUUAUACUUUUUGUUUUAUCAAAUUUUUGUACAAGCAUCGGUUUCAAUAUACCCUAUGUUUAUUUAGCAGCACAAGCUGAAUUCUUAAAUUUAUCAUCAGAACAAGGAAGUUAUUUAAUAUCAAUUAUUGGAAUUGCUAAUACAGUUGGAAGGAUAAUAUUAGGUUAUAUAUCGGAUAAACCAUGGGUUAAUCGUUUGCUUGUCUAUAAUAUAUGUUUAACAAUAUGUGGUUUAGCUACUACUUUUUCCGUUUUUUGUGUAACAUUUAAUACAUUAGCAUUUUAUGCGUCCGUUUUCGGAUUCACAAUUGGUGCCUAUGUCGGAUUAACAUCCGUAAUAUUAGUUGAUUUAUUAGGACUCGAUAAGUUAACAAAUGCCUUUGGGCUUUUAUUAUUAUUCCAAGGAAUUGCUUCAUUAGUUGGUCCACCAUUUGCUGGUUGGUUAUACGAUAUUACUGAAUCAUAUAAUCCAGGAUUUAUAUUAGCUGGAGGUUUCAUAACUAUAAGUGGUAUAAUGCUUUUCUUAAUUCCUCCAAUUCAAAGGUAUUUAGAUAAAAAAAGAUCAACAAAUCAAAGUCGAAGUCGUUCAAAUAGCACAUCAAGUGGUCGUUUAGCGGUUUCGGCAUCAUAGUACAAUAAUUCAAAUAAAUUUAGAAAUUUUAAUUGUAAAUAUAUAAUGUUUUUGUAAAACAAAUUAAAAUGAAAAAAAAAAACUUAAAAUUAUAUAAUAAAUACUAUCAUUGUAUGUAUAUAAUGUAUGUACUCUUGUAUAAAAGAUGUAUAAAUUUGUUCUAUAAACAAAAAUGUACAUAAUUAUUUUUUGAAACAAAGAAAAUUAGUAGAAAACAAAAUAUCAAAUUUGGAAAAUGUUCACAUAUCCUUCCUAUAUAAAUACAAUGUAUGUAUAUUAUAUGUAUAUAAUCCGAUUAUAUACAUGUAUUAAGUAUAUAAGAAAGUAUAUUAGAAAUAAUUAUGAAUUUGUGUGUACAUAUAUGUACAUAAAUUAUUUGCUAUUUAUAUAUUUAAAAUAGAAAUUUUCAUAAAAAUAUUAUCAAAAUUAUUGAGACCAUUUUCAAAAUACCAAAAAAAUAUGCAUAGCGUGUUCAUAUUUUAAAAUAAAGCCUCCUAAAAAUAUACUAUAAUAAAAAUUAAUAAAUAUUUUGCUCAAAAAUUUUAUACAUAAAUUUUUAAAAUACAUAGCUAGCUACUUACGUAUACAUACAGAUUGUUUGAAGAAUUUCUUUAUAUGUCCCAGUAAAACCCAUAUCGAAUUAAAAAAACUUUUUCUAACACAUAGUUACAUAAGUAAACGCCUUAAACAGUGAUUUUUACAGUAUCAUUUGAUAAUUGAUCAUUUACUCAAUUCAAUUAAACACAGAGGUCUACAGAACCUCCAUAUUAUUUUCAUUAUAUUGCAAAAUAAUCUAAAUUUUUAAUAUAAAUUAAAUUUCAAUGACUUUAAGUAAUUUUCAAUGCUAUUAAUUUUAAACAAAAAUAUUUUCAAUUAUUUUGAGUGACCCAGUCCACAUACACAUUACCUUUACGAUUCUUUAACUAAUGCAAAUAAAAUUCUUAAUAAAAUCCCUAAAAAAAUUCGACGGAAGCUCAAGAGACAUCUGAAAUCUCAUGAACACUUCCAAACAAUCUGUAUUCAAAAAUUAAAAUAUUAUUCGGACAUUUUGUUUUUCAAAACUAUAAUCUAUCUGCGUAAUCAAAAACAAAGCUGUGAAUUUAAAAUUAUAAAUGGAAAAAAUUAAAAAAAAAAAUACAUAAAAACUUUUUACGCUCAAAAACAAAAAAUUUGCUCAAAAUAAAUGUAUUUUUCAUAUGCCAUAGAAUUUUGUAAAAAUAUUAUGAGAUUCGCUUUAAAUAUUGAAUGAUCGCGGGCAAGUUCGCGGUAAAAUCAAAAAGUAAAAUAGAAAUUUAUUUUAAAUUUAUAAAAAUUUUAAAAAUUUCUUUUAAAAUUUUGAAUAAAAACCAUUUUUUCUGUUCUUAUAUUAAAGUUAAUUGAAACAAAGAAAUAAAAGUAAAUUGUAAUGAGAAUUUAAUGUUGAUUUCUUUUUAAUAUAUAAGUAAGAAUUUAAUUUAAGAUUUAUUUUUUAUUAAAAUGUAAAAGAAAGAAGAAAAAAAAUAUAUGAAAAUAUUGAAAACAAAAAUGAAUUUAAUAAAUUAAAAUGAAUAUAAAAUACAAAAUUAA